ACCCUCAGUCAUGUGCUACAGUAUUGGGAACGUGAGUGAAAACCGUUCGGUUAGAAAGUGCUUACUGGGAAAUACUGUGUUUGUGUAGAUUUACGUUGAAAUUAAUUAGCGAUUGGCGCACAAGGACUGGACUGUGAUAUUCACAAUAUUCCACAGAAAUUCGGCAAGAGCUACUGAGCUAACCGCGAAAAGUUUGCCGCACGUAUUGACGUUGGAAACGCAUAAUAAACAACAUCGCUCGAUCUCCAACGGUCGCUUUGCUCCUCUCUCCCUCUUUCGUACACACAAGGCACACGCUGUUCUCGCUAGCUCCCGUGACGUUUGACUCCAAGCGCAAUCGUGAAACGGUGUAGUUGAGUGUCGGAAAUAAUUGAAACAAUCUAUAUGUGCGUACGCGAAUGUGCUUAAGAUCCAAGUGAGCGGCGUUGAAAACGGAAUAUCUCAGGAGCCGACGAAUAAAUAAUCUCAGCUGUCAAGCUGCCACUCAGGGAAGAUCGAUGCAAUAUUUGUGGCUAGUCGAGUGGAAAAAAUUGUCCAAAAGCAGUUAGCACAAAACACUUUAUGUUUAUAAGUAAGGAAUCAGGCAAUAAUCGACGGAGGCAGUUUGAACACACGAGACACCGUUUAAGCGGAAGAUUCAUCAGCUGAGACUAUCCCACGAGUAGAGAAGGACCCUGUAAACGUCUUAUUGUUAAGCGAAGCGAAAAGUAAGACAAAACAGCGCGAAGGAGGUAGAUUUUAGAAGCUUUGGUACAAGCCUGGAACGAAAAUGGCUCCAGCGAAACAGAAUGAAACGACUGCCCUGCUGCCAACGCUCAGAAAAACCAUCACAACGAGGUCCAAAGCAUCCGCGGUGAAUCAGAAUCAAAACGGCGAGGAUCAUCAACCUCUACAACGGGGCAAGCGGAAGGCUGAACACAGCCCAGCUAAGAAUGAGCGGGGUGUGAAGCGAUCGGCCCUCGGCAAUCUGACCAAUGCGGUCGUGCUCAACACAGAGUCGGACUCCGAUGGGGGUCCUCAUAUGCUGAAAGGUGGCAAAGGUGUCACCACUGGCACUGCCCUGAGUAAGCAAGCCUCCCAGCUCAUCCACCAGUUAACUAGCAAUAUUGUAAACAAUAAGAAGAUUGCGCCCAGUAAAACGUUUCAGACGGAAGUGUUCACCAAGCCAGACCCCAAUGCACCUCGAACGCGUGCCGCUACCAAAAUCCUAACCCGUGCUGCCAGUCGUCAGCAGCUAAGUGCAAAGAAUGCUCCCAAAAAUGUGGUGAAUAAUCGAACUAAUAUUCAGGAAUCUGCCGGCCAUCCGUUGAAGUCGCAAAUUUCAAACGUGACCACUACGAUUGUGAAGACGAAAGAUGCGACCUUCGACGGAGCAAAGCCACAGACGACGGCUGCUGUUGCUGCCGCUCAGCAGGGAAAACCAAAGCGUAGAAUAUCGAACGAAUUUGAAAAGACUGAAGACAGCUUGUACAUGUCGGCCUUGGAAGACAUUCCGUCUAGUGGGUCGCUUCGAUUAUCGGAGCACUUUGGGAGUGCUUGCUCUGUGGCGGUGACCCCGGUGAAGGGUAAGAAUGCGAAAGAUCCGGCAGAGAAGGACACAUCGUCCGCGCGAAAGCGAACGCCGGACGGGGUGGAAGAUUAUGAUCUCAUGAACUGGAACGAUCCGUAUCAGGUUUCGCACUAUGCGCAGGAUAUUUUUACCUAUCAGCAGGAGCGCGAGUCGCAAUUCAUCAUUCCUGACUAUAUGGAGAAACAGCCGCACAUCAGCAAGUGGAUGCGUGCGUUGCUGGUGGACUGGAUGGUGGAGAUACAGGAGUCGUUUGAGCUGAAUCAUGAAACGCUCUAUUUGGCGGUGAAAAUUGUCGAUAUAUAUUUGUCACGGGCGGAAAUUGAAAAGGAAUCGCUGCAACUUCUCGGUGCCGCGGCACUUUUCAUUGCCUCCAAGUUUGAUGAGCGUGUUCCGCCAACGGUGGACGAUUUCCAUUACAUCUGUGACGGAGCCUAUCUGCGGCGCGAGAUGAUACUUAUGGAAAUCAAGGUUUUCAAGACCAUCGGGUACGACCUGGGAAUUCCACUGUCCUACAGAUUUCUGCGACGAUACGCCCGCGUUAAUCGCAUCGACAUGCCGGUGCUGACCCUGGCGCGGUACAUUCUGGAGUUUAGCCUAAUGGACUACGCCACUAUUCAGCUGCGGGAUUCAAAGCUGGCGUGCGCGGCUCUGUUCAUCGCUAUGCGCAUGAACAAUAUGCCAGGCUGGAAUAAAACGUUGGAGUUUUACUCGGGCUUCAAAAUCGAAGACUUCGCUGAGAUCGCCAUCCUGCUGAACAACAUCAUGACACGCAAACCGAAAGAAUCGCUCAACACCAUCCGCCAUAAGUAUUCACACGAGCUGUUCUUCGAGUCGGCCAAGAAACCGUUCAUUACCGAUCUGAGCAAACUUUUUGACACAACUGGCUUCCAGUUUUCCUCGAUCCAAGCGUCGACAGGUUCUGCAACUGCACCUGCAAUUUGCACUAGAUCACAAUCGGCGACCUCUGGUGGUGCCACGACGACGACAACGACAACAACUGUUUGAGAAAGGACGAAUUCUAGAGACAGAAGACUGAAACAGAGAUAACAUGAAGCAUUAGACCAGGGAGCAAUGAACUGAUGUUCCAGUCUUUUUAACCACUCUCCAGUCCAAUCAGAAAAGUGUUACACUGGCGGUCUGUAGGUGUGAUGUCAACUGCCAGAUCUUUUAUCGUCGUAUCGCCAAUGCGACACGUGGUGCCAUACCCGCAAAAAGGUUCAACCAUUAGAAUCGAUUCUAUAAUUUUUAACUAAUUUUCUAUUGACGGGAGCCACGUUCAGUUCGAUGCAUGUUGUGUUAGCAAAGAAAGGAAAAAGCAAAACAAUAUAUAUUUUAUAAGUACGAUUUUUUAUAUGUGGAAAAUAAUUCAAAUGUCGCCGGGAUUGAUUUUUUGGUUUGUUUUUUUACUUCAUGCUUUAGUUUAAUAACUUCUGUUUAUUUCAUCCAUGAUUUUACUGCCAAAUGCAUAAGAGAAAGUAUUCCGACAGCGUCUCCUUUUCUGGCUUUUGUUCGAUAUGUUUGUUUUGUUUAGAACAAUGGUGUACUGCUCACCGCUGUCACUGCGACGGUACGAACCAGUACUUUGGCACACAAGUAAACAAAUAGAGGCGUACACAAAAUCACUGUUCUUUGAAAUUUAAACCAGACCUAUUUAUUCGCUGAGGUUCAACCAUUUACAAGGAUCGGAACAAAGGUGGAACAGCGAUCCACUUGUUAAUCUGUGAGUUUGUUCAUAUGCUCUUGGCCGUGGUAGUUAGAAAAAUUAUUCAAUAUUAUAACUGGAGUCUUAAUUGGUCCAGGAACUGAGGCAGAAACUAUCGGAGGGCAUUGUAGAGGUGUUGCUCACGCUGUAAGCGAAUGAUCCUGCUUUUGUGUAUAUUACGUAGUUAGUAUGCUUGGCACCCAAUAAAGAGACAUGGCGUACAAAUAA